UCUGUUUGUAAAGAUAAGCUGACGCUUCACUCGGGGUAGGGAGGUUACGAAUGCUGCGAACUAUAAUGCACCAGUAUUUCCUUUUCCGGAAACAUAGAACAGGCGAUUCCUUGAUAGAGUAAACUUGGUAUUGUCACUUGGCAAUACCGGGAGAUGUACUGCUUACACGCCAUGCCCUUGCGAUCCAGAAAUCUGGUAUAAAGUGUGGAUGGAUAUCCGGAAUGGCAUUUCCAUGUGCUCUGGCCGCGUUGCUUUUGUUCACUAUCAUUGAGAAGGCCUACCCAAAUUGCUCUUCUAAACGCAAUCGUUGCCCACUUCUCUGUCUUUGAUCCUCUAGCUAGUCACCAUCGUUCCUAUAGUAGACAAUCUCCAUCAUGCCAUCUUUUUCAGCAGGGCGGCUUCUGCUGUGGACAUGCUUCUCUACAACCUUUCUUAUAAAUGCAACGUCGGCAUGGCCAACCAACAAUCGUUACAAUGCUCGCUUUUCUAAACGCCAGUCAACAGAGGAUCCGCCUGGGCAGCCUGCGGCAGAAGAGCCAAAUUUCAAUGAAGAAUAUGAUUUUGUCAUUGCUGGAGGUGGAACUGCCGGUCUGGUUUUGGCCAACCGCCUGACUGAGUCUGGAAAAUUUUCAGUCCUGUGUCUUGAAGCAGGCUCGAACCCUGAGAUUGUUCGCGCAUACGAGUCUCCCGGUGGGAACCAGUUUAUCAAAGGUAGCGCAAUUGAUUGGAACUUUCUCACCACACCACAACCACAUCUCAAUAACAGAACACUUCAAUAUCUACGUGGAAAGGCAUUGGGCGGAUCUAGCGCUACCAAUGGUCUUUAUUAUGCGCGUGGAUCAGCUAGGGUCUACGAUCACUGGGUUGAGAAGGGGAAUCCCGGCUGGGGCUGGGAUGAGGUCUACCCACUAUUUGUGAAGAGUACCACUUUCAAUCCACCGAAUACGCCCGAGCUUCAAGCAUUUGAUUUGGACUACAAGACCUGGACCGAAAGCGCAUACGGGAAUGGACCUCUCGAACUCGGUUUUCAAGGCUACGUGCCCCCAUCAACUAAUGGCUUCAUUGUCGCUGCAUCGGAAGCGGCCAACAUCCCGAUUGUAGAGGACUUGAACACUGGAAAUGCCUUCGGAAUCAAGCAUGGAACAGCAACACUCAACGAACGGCUGAGGCGAAGCUCCAGCUACGAUGGAUUCUACCAGCAAGCAAAGAAUCGCACUAAUCUACGAGUGUUGCACUACGCACCCGUGACUGGAAUCAUCUUCGGCGAUCCGCCUCAGAACUCUACAUCCCCUACCAAUGGUACCGCAAACCCACGUGCAAUUGGAGUUAGUUAUAUUGAGCAAGAGACUGGUCUUGUAAAGCAAGCACGCGCAAGGAAUGAGGUCAUCGUCAGCAUGGGCGCGUUCCACUCUCCACAACUGCUCAUGGUUUCGGGUAUUGGACCUGAGGCAGAAUUGAAGAAGGUCGGAGUAGAACCUGUCGUAAUCAAUGAGAACGUUGGCCAACAUCUCAAUGACCACUCGGUCUUCAGCAUCAUGGCGCUUGCCCAGCCAAAUGCUUCAACGACAGAGAUGUCCAGCAGCCCGAACAAUUUGCAAAUCGCGCAGGAGAACUUCUACACAAACCUGACCGGGCCAUACACUGCUCCAUCGGGCGUGACGAACGGCUUCCAGAAAUUGUCUACCGAGGAAUUGCAGCAGAUUGGUGCCCAGGCCGUCAUUGACGCUGGACUCGCCAACCAGACGCACAUCGAGUAUCUGUUCGAAUCCGUGUGGUAUCCUUGGAUUCCAACGCCAUUCUACGUCCCACAGAGCAACGAAUCUUACAUCUCAGUCACGGCCAGCAGCAUGGUCGCGCUCUCACGUGGCAACAUCACGCUCCGCACGAGCUCGAUGUCAGACCAACCCUACAUCAACCCGAACUACUACGCCGACGAGACAGACCAAAAGGUUGGCAUCGCCUCCUUCAAAUACCUCCGUCAGAUCUUGCGACACCCGUCCCUCGCACAAUUCACCAUUGGCGACAACGCCGGAGAAAUAUCACCUGGUUCCGCGGUCGCCGAUGAUGACGAUGAUGCCAUUCUCGACUACAUCCGCGCAAACACGAUUCCCAACUGGCACGCAUCUGGCACUAAUCAGAUGCUACCGAUUGAAGACGGAGGCGUAGUGGACCCCAGACUGCGAGUCUACGGCGUCGACGGAUUGAGAGUCAUCGACUGCAGUAUCAUUCCCGUCCUGCCCGACGUCAACAUCUUGGCGUCCAUCUACAUGAUCGCAGAAAAGGGCGCCGAGAUGAUAAAAGAAGAUUGGAACGACGAGUCGUGAUGAGAACGUUCCCGAAACGGACGUCCGCCGUAAUUGAACUGGCGGGCGCUUUUAAUGUAUUUCAUUAACGAUUUUCAGACUUU